AUGUACCUUCCUCCUCGCUGUCCGACACCGCUGAAGGCCAUCCGUGGCUCGCCCGAGUGCGACAUGGGAGUGCUUCUUGCCCGACGGCGGGCGAAUGUCAUCAGCAACGGCGCUCUCCUCAAGGCGCAGAAGACGUACAAGUCGGAAAUCGCCCACAAGACACGGGGCCGUGCUGCAAUGGAGGGGAAGAGCGAUGUCGAGUGUCAGCUUAUGACCACACUACAACCAGGCGCGAAAAACCACCGUGGGGGAGUGCAUGGAUAUGGACACAAUUGUCUCACCACGCCAAUGUCUGGACUGGCUGUCGCGCCGCUGAGCAAUCACGGAGUCAUUACGCUUCCUCCGGGCUUUCAUCUACAAUGGCCUGUGUUGCCGCUCGAGCGAUCGAUCGAGCUUCGAUAUCAACGGACGCUGGACGCUGGUCACGGCCGAGCGUUCCUCAAGACCAGCACGAACUGGACUGAAACUGGGCCGCGUGGUGCCGGUGCGAGAUCGAUUUGGGAAUGA